UUAACCUGAAAGCGCUCUUUCUCCCUUGUUUUCUGAAAAAUUUCGUCCAAAAAAUCCUAAGAAGAAAAUCCUUGACUAUCUGAAGAUGGGUUCUGAAGGAAACAAGAUGAACGACGGCACCAGCUACCAGCCAUCGGAGCCGACCUUGUGCGCGAACGGCUGCGGAUUUUUCGGCUCGCCGGCGACGAUGAAUCUCUGCUCAAAGUGCUACAAGGAUUUCCAGAUGGAAGAACAACAAAAGGCAGCUGCUAAGGUUGCCUUGGAGAAGCUCGUGACGUCUCAGAAAAAGGCCGAUGAUGCCUCUCAUGUGGGUUCUCCAGAGUCUUACGGUAUGGCGGCGGAGCAAGUUGAGAGGCAGGAGGAAGCGGUUUCGGCGCCGGCGGCGGUUGUGAAGAGUAAUAGGUGCUUUUGUUGCAAUAAAAAAGUAGGGGUGAUGGGGUUCACCUGCAGAUGUGGUAGUACCUUCUGUGGGCUCCACAGAUACCCAGAAAAGCACGAUUGUACCUUCGAUUUCAAGGGCCAGGGCCGGGAUGCCAUAGCCAAGGCAAACCCGGUGGUGAAGGGCGAUAAAAUCCAGCGGUUUUAGUUUGGAUGGGUUUAGGCCUGAGUCCGGAUCCGGAACCGAUCCGGGUCGGAGUCGGGUCAUCGUGUGUUUCUUAGCGUGGUUAGGUGGAUUGUGGUUGGAAGAAGUAAUUAUU